AAACGACACGAAUUAUACCAGAGACCAAUACUUUAUAUGAAUGAUCUUAUGUUUAAAAUUUUGUUUUGGUGACCAUUUAAAAGUGUAUCCAAAUAGCACCCAAUUAGAAAAGAACGGAAUUAUGAGAGCUCUUAUGAAAGCAAGCAUACUGAAACGACUCAUGAGAACUACUUUUGGCAACCUUAUUAGAAGAAAUGAAAGUGAAAGUCAGCAGUACAAAAUUGAAGAUAGAUGAUGUGUUUUCGAUGGAUCAUAGACCUUCUGCUGGCAAUGAGGAAGAUUCCAUUGCUAUUCAUCAACAUGUUUAUGUCAAUUGUUUUUUGAUAGCGUAUCUUUAUAGCUUAAACAAAUUUAUAGAAGAAAAACUAGACGAGGAUUAUGGAGAUGAAUGGAAAAACAAAAAUAUUGCUUUUACUGUAUCCGUCGACAAGUAUUUACUGGAUAAAGUAUUCGGUUCAAAAGAGAGGCUGAAUGAAUUAUUUUAUGCAAGUGGGGUACUCCAGAAAGACAACAGACUACGAAAAGCCCAAAUAUUUUCCUACGGUGAAGAAAUCUUACCGGCUAUUCAACAACGACUAACAGACUUGGACUUUAAGAUGAAAUCUUACUUUGUUGUCGCACAGAUACACCCAAAACAUAUUCAACUGACCUUACACCAAGUCGUCAAGCUGUCGUCGUAUGAAGAAAAUACUGCUACUAUUAUAAUUCAAGAUGAGAUUGUACAGAUCGAGGAUGUAUACGACUCCCUUUCACAUUGCUUUGGUUAUAAGAAUGUUUAUCAAAAACUAAAACUGUGUGUAGUUGAAAUAAUGAAUUCUAAUAUCACAAGUUUGGAUAUGAAAUUUAAAAACAACUUUAAUAUCGGUAAUGAUUGUGAUUGCAAAACUGUUCUGUUUCUUCGCAACAUCAUUGAAAUAGGUUUGAAGCCAGUAUUACAAAACAUUGCGACAAUAAUAGCAUCUUCAAUGAAUAACGCUACAUUAUUUUCAAACUAUGAAUUGGAUUAUCUUUUUGUAAUAGGAAACGUAUUUGACUUACCAUACAAAUCAGCAAUCUAUUAUACAUACAUUAAACUUGUACAGGAAGCCAUUAAUAUCAGUAUUGAAUCAAAGGAAAAAGAUACAAAAGGAAUUGUGUUACAUGAAUCAUUUCGCCAUUUGUUGGAACAAGUUACUACACACAAAAAACCAUACAUGUUUGAUAGAUUUAGCAUUGGGACCUUGGGCCAGGUUUUCAGAGAGACCUAUGGCAUACGGUUUCUUACUUGGAGGAUUUCAAGUUAUAUUCCGUUUUCAUGUACAGACUUCAAUGAAGAUGGUAAAAAUACUCUCGUGGAGAAUGGAAGUUUCUUAGUGGUUGUUCAGAAAGGACAGCCAGUUCCCAUAACAGGGUUGGCUUUAGAAUUUGAGCUAUACUUUAAAGAACGACUGGAUGACAGUUUACGUGCUGGUAACUACUUUGGGUCUAGGUAUACAAUUGGGAUUCAUAAAUAAUGUUUAUAUAUAUUUUUUAGAAUUGAUUAGAAUGGACCAUUUUGACGACCUUUCAGAGAACAAGUCGAUACUUUUGGAAGAAAAUACUGAAGGUGUGAAGUGUGAACUAGAUGUCGUAUACCCACGGGGAUCAACUCAACCAGUUAUAUUGGAUUUUAAACAUGUCAAUUAUGACUACACCCUACAAUUGUCAGUUAGAGCAAAGGGUGAUGAUACUUCUAAUUCUGCAAAAUGGCCCAUAUUUGUUGAGAAUCCAUUAACACUCGCAUAUACUUAAACACCCAUAUUUUUUCACGUCAAGCCUUUUUGUAUUACUCCCAUUAAUAAACCUAGAAAGAGUAUAUUCUGGUUCUUUCUUUUGUGAAAUUAUAAGGGUUUAUGAAUUAAAGUUUAACUAAGUUACUUACAUGAAAG